AUGAGAAGUACAAUAAAACCUUUACCAUAAAUUAACAAUAGACCAUCAAUUGAUGAUGAGGAUUCUUAUCCUGGAAGAUUACAUACUAUAUAGAGAAAGUUGAAAUUUGGAAGCAACACUUAUAUCAUUAGUAGUAAUACUACUGUUUCAGAAUCUUUAAAUAAAAAGUAGAAAUAAACUCCUGUGACAGAGUCAUAGUUGUUAAGGCAAAUUGAUACAAAAUUAGAAAUGCAUAAGAAAGACAUUGAAUAAAGAAAUGACAUGAUUAUUUCAAUUGAGAAAGGCUUUGAGUCAAUGAAAUAGGAGUUAGUUAAAGAAAAAAUAUAAAAUGAAGAGAAAUCUAAAUAACUCUAAGAAUUAUAGGCUAGCUAUUAAGCAAUAUAAUUAAGAUUAAAGUAGGCAGGAGAUUCAUCUAAAUUAAAUUUAUAAUCAGAAAAAGAUAAAGAUAAAAUUAAUUCGUUAGAAAUUAGCAUUAAACAAUCAUAGGCAAAAGAAUAAGAUUUAUUACAAUAAGUAGAAUCAUUAAACUAAUAAAUAUCUCAAUAUUAAGAAAAAUUAAAAAGUAAAGAAGAAAGUAACGAAGAAUUUAAAAGAUUAAAAGAUUAGCUGCAUAAAGCUGAAGUAAUAAAUUGUUGUUAAUAAAAAGGAUUUAUAAAGUAAGAUGGAACAUUAAAUUACUGACAUCUAAAAAAAUAUAGAGAAGGAAGUUAAUGAAAAAAACAACAUAAAGAAAUAAUAUGAUUAAUAUAGGAAUGAUAGUUAAUUAAAAGAGUAGAAUUUGAAUAAAGAGAUAUCAGCUUCAUUGAUACAAAUUAAACAAUUAGAAUAAGAAAAGAUAACAAUCAUGGAGAAUUUAAAAAAAUCCAAAGAAUAAACUGAUCAAAAUUCUAAAUUAAAUGAGCAAAUAUUAAGCUUGAAAUUAUAACUUUCUGAAUUAUCUAAAACAAAAGAUGUAUGAUUAUAAAGCUAUGUAGAAAGAAAUUAGUCAAUUGAGAUAAAAAAUAGAAGAAUAAUCCAAAAAUUCUAUAGAAUCAAAUAAUCAACUUGAAAAAUUAAAGCAAAGACAAUAAGAGUUAUAAUAAUAAUUACAAGAUAAAUUAUCAUAAUUAGAAUCACUAAAAAAUCAAAAAUAAUUACUAGACUAAUAAAAUCAAAAUAAUUAAUCAGAAAUUAAUAAUUUAAAUACUAAAUUAGAAGGUUUAAAGGAAUAGUUAUCAAAACCAAAAAAUACAAAAUAAAUUACAGAUACAAUUUUAUUAUUAGAAAAAACAGAUGUAUACAAAAUCUUAUUAAUAUUUCUUAGAAAGAUAUCUAAAAGAAUUUAUCUUGUACAUUUUGUAACAAAUUCAUAAAGUAACCUGUUACAAUUAUUCCAUGCGGACAUUCGUAUUGCUUUGAAUGCAAGAAAGGUUAUAAUAAAGAAUGUUUUAAAUGUGGACCUAAAUUAAAAAUAGAAGCAAUGUAUAGAAAUGAAUUACUCGAUGAUAUUAUUGCAAUGGUUAAAUUAAUUGAAUAAAGUAUCAACAGCAUGAAAUAAGUUACUAAAUAAUGA